GUAAAACCCAGCGGAAGUUACGCGGUCGCGGCAAUUCUCGCUGGUUUGAGAUCGAGUGGAGAUGUGUGGGAAGAAUUUGUCCUAGUCCUUCCGACCAAAUAUUUAUUUCUAGCUCCCCCCAUCCUCUGACGCAGAGGAAAAAAGAAAGAGAAAGGAAAGAUGUGAACCCCAGCUUGAUUAUUUCCGUUCCCCCUCCUUCUCCCUACCAACCCUACUUGGUUGGUCUUAAGAGCUAUCUAGCUCUCCGGCCCUCUCUCUAUAUUCUCAAGUCUCCUCCUUCAUUGGUGGGGAUCUUCAUCAAUCAGGAAAUCACCGUUGGAACAAACGGUCCUGUCGGACUCCCCGAAUCUAGCACGAUGUUUGGAAGAAAAGAUCAAGACCUUGAAAAAGGUCCUCAGGUGGCGAAGACGACAUUGGACACCAGCAGCGAUGGCGCCGUGCCCGGGGAGACCUUUGUAUACGGGGAUUCACUGUAUGCUAAGCUCCAGCGACUCGCCGGAAAGAUCAACAUCGAGCAGCGUGGAAUUGAACGGGUACCGGCAGAGGAGCAGACGGAUACGUCGUACUUCAAUAUUGGCAGCAUGUGGUUGGCAGCCAACAUGGUAGUCAGUUCCUUUGCCAUUGGUGUCCUCGGAAAAUCCCUUUUCGCUCUUGGCUUUGUGGAUGCCAUCCUGGUGAAUCUCUUCUUCAACCUGUUGGGCAUCAUGACUGUGGGGUUCUUCUCGUGCUUUGGUCCUCCUUUCGGCCUGCGACAAAUGGUUCUCUCAAGGUUCUGGUUUGGUUACUGGGGGACGAAGUUCAUUGCCUGUCUCAACGUUUUGGCCUGUAUUGGUUGGUCUGCAGCCAAUGCAAUCGUUGGUGCACAGCUUCUCCAUGCGGUCAACACCGACGUCCCAGGAUUUGCAGGUGUCUUAAUUAUCGCCUUUUGCACGUUUAUUAUCACUUUCGCCGGAUAUAAGGUCGUCCACAUGUAUGAGUACUGGAGUUGGGUGCCGACAUUCAUCGUCUUCAUGAUCGUCUUCGGCACUUUCGCCCACUCCGGAGAUUUUGUGAAUAUCCCCAUGGGCGUCGGGAAAUCCGAACUCGGUAGCUGCCUCUCCUUUGGUUCCACGGUGUACGGAUUUGCCACGGGAUGGACCAGCUACGCGGCUGAUUACACGGUGUAUCAGCCCAGGGACCGCAGUCGCCGCAAAAUCUUCUUCUCAGCAUGGGCCGGGCUUAUCGUUCCUCUGAUAUUCACACAAUUCCUCGGAAUCGCCGUUAUGACAGCCACCAGUCUCAAUGAUGGUGACAACAAGUACCAAGCUGGCUAUACAGCUUCCGGAAACGGAGGUUUGCUCGCUGCUGUCCUCGAGCCUCUUGGUGGAUUCGGCAAGUUCUGCCUCGUGAUCCUUGCCCUCUCCAUUGUCGCCAACAACUGCCCCAACAUCUACUCCGUCUCCCUGACCCUCCAAGUUCUGAGCCGUUAUACCCAGAGAAUUCCUCGUUUCAUCUGGGUGUUCCUGGGUUCCUGCGCCUCAGUGGCCAUUGCAAUUCCUGGAUAUUCCCAUUUCGAGACCAUCCUGGAGAACUUCAUGAAUAUCAUUGCUUAUUGGCUCGCCAUUUACUCCGGCAUCUCGCUCACUGACCACUUCGUCUUCAAACGUGGCUUCGGAGGAUACCGCAUCGAGAUCUAUGACAAGCCCGACAAGCUUCCCCCAGGCAUUGCGGCCGCGGUUGCUUUCGGCUUCGGUAUCGCCGGUAUGGUCACUGGAAUGAGCCAGUCGUGGUGGAUCGGACCGAUUGCGAAGCAUGCGGGUGCGCUACCCAGUGGUGGCGAUGUCGGGUUCGAGUUGGCAUUUGCGUUUGCUUCGGUGUCGUAUAUCUUCUUGAGAACGGCUGAGUUGAAGGUGUUUGGUCGGUAAUUGUUCAGUUUGUUUUCUUACGUUUGGGGUAUGGGUCUGUGAAUACGUUUUAUUUUGGAUUAUGUCUACUACGUCGUUCCUAACGACAUUGACCGUUCUCUUUCGAGAUACUUGGUUGCAUUUUCAUGAUACCGCGAGUCAUGUAUAUAUUUGUUUGUAAUUUAGAUGUUAAUAUACUACGUGUAUAUCUUUAA